AGUCAAAGCCACACGUUUAGGUAUCGCGUGUGCUGUCAACAUCCAGCUUCUCACCGUUUACCGGAGAAUCACGACUCGUGUGUGUGAGUGAAAGAGAGAGAGAGAGAGAGAGAGAGAGAGAGAGAGAGAGAGUGAGUGAGUGAGUGAGUGAGUGAGUGUGUGUGUGUGGUGUUCUCUCUUGGAACAACAACUCGCUUCAUCAUGACUUUAAGGUGAUCUUCAGUCCAGGUGGUGCUGGGGUCCAGGUCUGCAUCGUGAGAGAGUGAGAGAGCAAGCUCUUCCACAGGAACGGUCUGCCUUGGGCCCUAGUUCCCCAGGUGUUAAGGUCAGUAGCUGUACCCUUUGGAGUGGAGGUGGAACAAGAGCACAUUAUGGAGAAAGAGGACCUGAAGAUCGUUAAUAAGGGGCUGGAGGAUGAAAUGGAGCUGAGCGGGUACAGGCUGUGCCGCUGGAAGCUGGCCUUGCUGGCAGUGGGAGUGCUGUGUACAGGCGGCUUUCUGCUGCUGCUGCUUUACUGGUUGCCUGAGUGGUGUGUCAAGGCCACGUGCACUCGCACGACCAUCCGCGACGCCCAGGUGGUUCUGCUUCGGAGCACCGAUGAGUUUAAGCGCUGGUUCCUAGCUAAGGUGCGUGUGAUGCUGGCUCCGGGAAAGGACCCUUACAGCAGCUUGGACUCGCAGAGCACCGCCCACAUGGCUAAUGGCCACACCCCCCACCCCUCUGACACCCCAGACAAAGGCUUCAUUAGGAAGUAUGCAGAGUACCAGCGUGUGCAGAUCCGCUAUUUUACACUCCAUAGCACAAAGUACUACUGGAACGACGCAGCCCAAAACUAUGAAGUGUUAACGGGUCUGGAGGAUUUGGAGCCUCUCUGUUCCAGCAUCCACUCGGAGCAUAGCGACGGUCUCGGCCAAAACCAGCAGGAGUACAGGAGACUGUUUUUCGGAGUGAAUGAAAUCGCUGUGAAAGUGCCUUCCGUUUUCAAGCUGCUAAUUAAGGAGGUUCUGAACCCCUUUUACAUCUUCCAGCUCUUCAGUGUUAUCCUGUGGUGUGCUGAUGAAUACUACUACUACGCUAUGGCUAUAAUGUUAAUGUCAAUCAUAUCAAUAGCUACCUCUCUCUACACCAUCAAAAAGCAAUAUAUUACACUACACGACAUGGUGGCUACUCACAGUAUUGUUCGUGUAUCAGUCUGCAGGGCCAAUAAUGAGAUUGAAGAAACUUUGUCUACAGACCUUGUCCCAGGUGACGUCAUAGUCAUCCCCAGUAACGGAACGAUCAUGCCCUGCGAUGCGGUGCUGAUUAGUGGAACCUGCAUCGUCAACGAGAGCAUGCUCACAGGUGAAAGUGUGCCCGUCACUAAGACUAACCUGCCCAACCCACAACAUGGAGACAAGGGCUCUGAGGGUGACAGGGUGUAUAAUUUGGAGGAACAUAAGAGACACACGCUGUUCUGCGGCACCAACGUCAUCCAGACUCGCUUUUACUCAGGAGAACUGGUUAAAGCCGUGGUGGUCAGGACCGGAUUCAGUACAGCCAAGGGACAGCUGAUCCGGUCUAUCCUGUACCCUAAACCCACAGACUUUAAGCUGUACAGAGACGCCUACAUGUUCCUGCUUUGUCUCGUCGGAGUGGCUGCUAUUGGCUUUGUCUACUCCAUCGCACUGAGCAUAACCAAUAAGGUUCCUGCGAAAACCAUCAUCAUUGAGUCACUGGACAUCAUCACCAUCACCGUGCCACCCGCACUGCCGGCGGCCAUGACGGCGGGUAUCGUGUAUGCGCAGCGGCGGCUCAGAAACCUCGGCAUCUUCUGCAUCUGCCCACAGAGGAUCAACAUCUGUGGCCAACUCAACCUUAUCUGCUUUGACAAGACAGGAACGCUCACUGAAGACGGCUUGGACCUGUGGGGGGUGCAGAGAGUAGAGAACAGCAGGUUCCACCACUCAGAGGAGAACGCCUAUAAAGAGAGUCUUGUGAAGUCUCACUUUGUGGCCUGCAUGGCCACAUGUCACUCACUCACCAAGAUCGAAGGCCAACUUUCAGGAGACCCUCUGGACCUGAAGAUGUUUGAAGCCACUGGCUGGAUCUUGGAGGAGGCCACUGAAGAGGAGACGUCUCUACAUGAACGCAUCAUGCCCACUGUGGUCCGUCCACCCAAGCAGCUCCUUCCUGAGCCUGUGAUGUCACGUGAGGAGGACAUGGAGCUCUAUGAGCUGUCGGCGUCUUAUGAGAUCGGGAUCGUGCGGCAGUUCCCCUUCUCCUCAGCACUGCAGAGGAUGAGCGUGGUGGCUCGGCUCCUCGGGGAAAAGCGAAUGGACGCCUACCUCAAGGGGGCGCCUGAAGUGGUGGCAAGUCUAUGCAAGAAAGAGACCGUGCCACAGGACUUUGGAGAGGUACUGGAAGACUACACUAAACAGGGUUUCCGCGUCAUCGCUCUGGCGCACAGACGCCUGGAGUCCAAACUGACCUGGCAUAAAGUACAGAACAUUAACAGGAAUCACAUAGAAACCAACAUGGACUUCUUGGGGCUGAUCAUUAUGCAGAACAAGCUGAAGCCUGAGAGUCCUGGAGUGCUGGAGGUUCUCAGACAGGCAAACAUCCGCACGGUCAUGGUCACAGGUGACAAUAUACUCACAGCCAUCUCAGUGGCACGGGACUGUGGCAUGAUCCUUCCCCAGGACCGAGUCAUUAUUGCUGAUGCCCUGCCCCCCAGAGAUGGACAGGUGGCCAGGAUCAACUGGCACUAUGCAGACAACCCAAACAAACACUCCAGCAAGCCUGUCCCACUGGAGGAGGUGGAGAUCGGUGUUGAAGAUGGACCUGAAGAACAAAAGUCUAUGGAGAAGUACCACUUUGCCAUGAGUGGCAAAUCAUUUGCUGUCAUUACUGAACACUUCCAGGACCUUCUCCAGAAGCUCGUCCUACAUGGGACGGUUUUUGCCAGAAUGUCUCCAGACCAGAAAACCCAGCUAGUGGAGGCGCUACAGAGUGUUGAUUACUAUGUUGGAAUGUGUGGAGAUGGUGCCAAUGACUGUGGGGCCCUAAAAAGAGCUCACGUGGGUAUCUCUCUCUCCGAGCUGGAGGCCUCAGUGGCUUCCCCUUUCACGUCGAGAACUCCCAAUAUCUCCUGUGUGCCCAACCUCAUUCGGGAAGGCAGAGCAGCUCUCAUUACGUCUUUCUGCGUGUUCAAGUUCAUGGCCCUUUACAGCAUCAUCCAGUACAUCAGUGUCACGCUGCUCUAUUAUAUCCUCAGCAACCUGGGCGACUUCCAGUUCCUGUUUAUUGACAUCGCCAUCAUCCUUGUUAUAGUAUUUACCAUGAGUCUGAAUCCUGCAUGGACUGUGCUGGUUCCACAGCGACCCCCUUCAGGUCUGAUCUCAGGGCCUCUGCUCUUUUCCGUACUCACUCAGAUUCUCAUUUGCCUCGGAUUUCAGACCCUCACCUUCCUGCUGGUGCGCAACCAGGACUGGUACGAGCAGUGGACACCUGAGUCAGAUGCCUGCAAUACCUCCUCCCACAGCAAUCUCUCCCUUAACUCCACGGUGGCUGAUGACCACAACAUCCAAAACUAUGAGAACACGUCCCUAUUCUAUGUCUCUUCCUUUCAGUACCUCAUCGUUGCCAUCGUUUUUUCCAAAGGCAAACCAUUCCGUCAGCCCAGUUAUAAAAACUGGCUCUUUGUGGUGUCUGUUCUCGGCCUCUACAUAUUUCUGUUAGUCAUCCUGCUCUUCCCAAUCGCUGAUAUCGAUCAUGGUUUAGAGAUUGUGUGUGUUCCUUUCUCCUGGCGCAUCACCGUAUUGAUUAUAAUCCUGAUUAAUGCUGCCGUGUCUGUCUUUGUGGAGACCAUCGUCCUUGACGUCGUCUUAUGGAAGCUUGUGUUCAGCCGAGACAAGCAGGGCAGCUAUGGUGUCCCCCCUGCCACCCCGCCACCACAGGAAGGAAUAGACCUUUGUGCAUCCAGGUUCUUCUCGUGGCUGUGUUGCCGGCGUAGACGAGUCCCCAAAGCUCGCUAUAUGCAUCUGGCCCAGGAGCUCAGUGUGGAUCCAGACUGGCCUCCCAAACCCAAAACCACCACAGAAGCCAAACCUUCACCUCAGUCAGAAAAUGGCUCUUACCAAAUCAUGUCUGCUUCCUAGCAUACCCUCCACCACCACCCCUCCACCCCAUCACCUCUCACCCCUUCAGAUGCUCUCGUAUUGUUGAUCGUAACGUCAGAGAGGAAAAUGCGUUUUGUCACCAUAAGGACUUUUGUUUUGUAAUAACUAAGGCACAGACAUUAUUCUCUCUACAGAAGAUUCGUAAGCAAGGUUUAUUCUUAUCGAUCUUGUUUACGCCACAGGCUGGGAACUGUGGAUACUCCAUGCAAGGACCACACCAUCUACAGCCAUUAUUUUUUACCGUCAGAUUCGCUUUGUACUCAGACCGAAUUCUAGGAGCCAUGGCUGCUGGACUCCUGACAGAAACGACAUUUCUUUAUGGCUGCGCUGUUCGCUUAGCCACAAGUAUCUUAAUAAAACCGGGCUGCGUACAUCAGCUACUCGUUUGCGGAGCCGACCGACGUCGUAACAGCUUCAAGCAGACAGUAUUCGCCACCAGUCAUUUCAAAAAGAAAGAAGAAUCUAUAUGUAACGUUCUUUUUGUAUUUCUUCCCAUGGAAGAAUAGAGUCACGAUUAAGCAGCCGCAGGCCAAAGGAAUGGCGCGCAGCUUUGAGCGUCAUUGAGCAAAAGCCAGUCUGGGAGAAACUUGGCUCUUCAACGCAUACGAUUUCUAUUCAGAAUCUCCGAACAUAACAGCAGCAUUCAGUCAGUCAGCCAGCCAUCCGACACCGAUAAAGGAUGACUCCUGUGUAAGAUGUCAAGGCCAUUUAAUCCAAUAUAUUAGUCUCCGGUGAUCUCUGAGCUUGUCCUUCAUACACUUCAAGCAGGGAAAAAAAAAUCUGUCAGUCGUUGUCCAAAAGUAUGGAUGGAAACGGAUAUAUUAAGAUCAGUCAUAUCAGUCCAGUCGAAGAGUUUGGUCUGAUUUACGACCACCACUAUGCUACAUUUCAUCAUAUUCAAACUCCAACGCGUUACCGCGAUCUGUUCAGUCCGCCUCCGUUCCCAGUGGGUCAGACAUAUCAGAUAUCAGAUAAGAAUUUUGCAUCAUGUCCUUUCUGCAAGCGCAGAUUCACAUUCAGCAUUAUAAUGUUUUGAUGAAUUAAAUGAAACGCUGCUUUUUAACACUUAACGAUGUAACGUAGUGACGAUGAGAUCGAUGGUGUGUUUUCCCUGAGGAACAGAAUUCUGCUUUUUUCUUUUGUAUUUCCCUCCUCCGGUUUCCACCCAGAUUAUGACUCUUACCAGCAGUUUGAUAUUUUGUAAAGGAACUAAAAUGCCUGAAGUUAUUAGCGGUGAUUAGAUUAGAAAGCUUCAGAUUCACUUGGAUGCUAACGCAUGUAAGAAAGCACAGAAUCAACAAGUUCAGUCUUUUUAAUUAAUGAGAGAUUUUAAUAUCCAUACUUUUUUCCUAUGCUUCGUCUCCGGUGUUUAUGUCGACUAUGUCUGUUUAUUUAUGCUUACUCAUAAAGUAUAUAUGUGUGUGUGUUUUCCUUGAUUGUGGAUUUUUUUUGUUUGUUUGUUUUUUCAGCAUAAGGGCUAAAGCUUUACAAAUUUUGUUCAUUCCUAUUUUUGGUACUGUUUGGAAUCCUGUGCGAGUUUCUCUGUGAUUGUAAUUGUAACGUCUGCUCCGGCCUCGUCGUCCUCGGUGUAAACGUGAUCAUGGCCGUUUCUGCAAAGAAGGAUCGAUAUUUAUUGUACUGUAACGUGUCGGGGUCGACAGGACUAACGAUCAGCGCCGAGUCUAAACGCAUCCGUGUUCUUACGUUAUUUAAUGCACGUGUGACCCUAAAAAAGAUGCGUAUGUAAAUUCCGGGGAAAGAAAAAAAAACGCACGCGAUCUGAAAAUCCGACUCGGAUCGUCCCGCGCUGGAUUCGGCACACAGGACGGGGGCUCGUGUGCGGAUUGAGGGAAAUGUUAAAUUAUUUUUGAUUUUAUUGUCUGUCAUUUCUAUUUAAAUCAGUGUAUAUACAGUACAAGGCUGUUUGUGCGUGUGUUUGUGUGUGUGCGCGUAGAGCACUUGUUUGUCGUCGUCGUGUCCCCCCCCGCGGAGGCGAGCUAACAGACAUGUAACUAACAUGGAGGACGUCAUGUUUAUAAUCCUGCACCUUAUUACGCAGCUCAAACGUUCCGACUUUCAUAAGCGCUCAUACUGUAUGUACGGAAUUAUAAUUCCUUUAAACGCCGUUUCGGUCAGCCGCGUGCCGACGUGCACCGCAUCCUAAUAAAGGUACAUAAAAUUAGCCGUGUGUCAGACAUCAGACAGCGAGGAGGGUUUCUGUGUUCAGGGUUUUAUCUAACACGUAAAUCUAAACGGAGCCACAAUCGAUUGUUUAACGCUUUAUUUCAGAUUCUAAAUGCUUCAGAUGGACAACAUGCAGAAGUCAUUAAAUCACUUACAACAAAUUUAAAUCAGUAAAUCUGCAGUAGAUGUCUGAUGUACGCUUUACUCCAAACGCCAUCAAGUCUUUUCUUUACCCGUGGAUGUAAAAUUAUUAUUAUUAUUAUUAUUAUUAUUAUUAAUGAUGAUUUCAUUUCCUCAGGGAAAUAUGCUCAGAUUGUUCUGAAUAAAAGCUUGACACUGAAUAAAUAAAUGAAAUGCUGUGUGUCAGCAUCCUGAGUAUCUUCUGUGUCUAAACACUGAUGUGGAAACAAUCACAGUGAAUUUAUUCCUUUUUUUUUUUUUUUUUUUGCAUUUUUUUUUUUGCAUUUAAAAAAAAACGAUCUGCUACUUAUUUUGCUCUUGAUUGUUUUUGGAAUUGAUUAAAGAGCGAAUGUUUUUCUAAA